UCUUGCGCUGCAAGUUGCAGCAGUCUCACCGCCAUUUCCGCUUUUGCCGACGCAUACGUGAAACUUUACCCCAAGCAACACUACCAAGACCAUCAUAGCCAUGCAGUCCGCCGUUCUCAAGACUUGUCGCCGCGCCGCCUCCACCUGCCGCAUGAACUCGACGCGCGCGCUCACGACGUACUCGGGCGGCCAGCCUUCAGAAGGCCAGGGCGGUUUCUACGGCUCUGCCAAGACUCGCUCCGAAACCAGCUCCAAGUUCAACCCUGGUGCGCGCGCUGAGCCGCAGGAUCUGACCAAGCUGCAGCAGCUCAUGAAGCAGUGGGAAGCGCAGAAGGCUUCGCUCGCGGCCGAGGAACAGAAGAAGGAACUCGCACGGAUCGCCAACGAAGAAGAGACUCUCAUUCAGCGUCUUCUCAUUCGAGGCGCACCUGUGUGGGGCCUCUCCACGCGGCAGCGCGAGUUCGUGGCUGAGUGCAGCAGGGCCAGCCACUAGGCGCGUUGUGCAUUCAGCCCACCGACCGUCUGUCUCCCUGGUGCCUCGGAAGGUUUCACUGCGCCGCCUCGCAGUGCGCCUGUCGUGCUGCCUUCACUUUCUAUCAUUGGCGUUUGCUCUGCAUCUCGGAGGAAUAAAACGGGAUACGAGCUAGGAAGGCAUGAUGCCGGUUAAUGUAUCAGUUUCUCUAUUGCA